UUGAUAUUAAAAGAUUUUUUAAUAAUUAUAAUUUCAAGGCUAGUUUUAAUUAUUUGUGUAUUAAUUAGGAUUGCUUUUUUAACAUUAUUGGAGCGUAAAGUUUUAGGUUAUAUUCAAAUUCGUAAAGGUCCAAAUAAAGUUGGGUUUAUUGGUUUGAUUCAACCUUUUAGGGAUGCUAUUAAAUUAUUUAGUAAAGAGCAAACUUAUCCUUUUAUGGCAAAUUUUAAUUUAUAUUAUUUAUCUCCUAUUUUUAAUUUGUUAUUAUCUUUAUUUAUAUGAAUAUGUAUACCAUUUAUUAGAAUUAAUAUUAGAUUUAAUUUAACGAUUUUAUUUUUUUUAGCUGUUUCGAGAUUGAGUGUUUAUACAAUUAUAUUGGCUGGUUGAUCUUCAAAUUCUAAUUAUUCAUUAUUAGGGAGACUUCGUUCAGUUGCACAGACAAUUUCUUAUGAAGUAAGAUUAGCCUUAAUUUUAAUAUCUUUUUUAUUUUUAAUUUUAAGUGUAAAUUUAAUUGAUUUAAUUAAAUAUCAAGAAUUUAUUUGAUUUAUAUAUUUAUUAUUACCAUUGUGUUUUAUAUGGUUAGUUUCAAGAUUAGCUGAGACUAAUCGUACUCCUUUUGAUUUUGCUGAAGGGGAAUCAGAGUUAGUUUCUGGAUUUAAUGUUGAAUAUAGAAGAGGAGGGUUUGCAAUAAUUUUUUUAGCAGAAUAUGGAAAUAUUUUGUUUAUAAGAAUAAUAUGUAUUUUUUUAUUUAUAGGGGCAAAUUUAAUAAGUUUUAUAUUUUUUUUAAAAUUAUCUUUUUUAUCUUUUUUUUGGCUUUGGGUUCGAGGAACCUUACCUCGGUAUCGUUAUGAUAAAUUAAUAUAUUUAGCUUGAAAAGGUUAUUUACCUAUUUCAUUAAAUUAUUUAAUUUUUUUUUGUAGGAUAAGAAUAUUUUUUUUUAUUCUUAUAAUUUAG